AUAGAUAAUAAUUAUCAACGACUUAAAACACCUAUCACAUUUUACUCGUCGCCCAUCACCGGUGUCCGAUUGGGUCACUUUAUUUGUUACAGCUCCAUGAGUUUGACAAAGUCAAAGUGACAGUCGAUAGAAUAGAUGCCCGCGAAGGCUGGAUCGACCGUCUGACAUUCUACCGACUACCGGACAUUAGACAACCAAAUACCAGUUACUACCACCCCCCCCCCCUAUAAUAGACACAUUUUUUACUAUCCUCAUUAUUUAUUUUGUUACUACAUAUUGAGUAUUAUUGUAUUAUUGUUGUUGUCAUUGUUGAUAACGGCGUUCGAUACUCUUUACAGUGGACAUUGCGCACAUCGCUGCCUUUUUACGUAAUAAAAUUAUUGUUAAAACGUAUUUUAUUCAUUUCUCUCGUAGUGAUAACACGUUGUAAGUUGUAACUUGUCUGUUUUUUAGUCGUACCGUAGCGAUUAUUUACGGCGAGCGCAUUAAUAGUAUAAUUUAUCGCGCGUCGUCGGUCGAUCGAUUGCCGACGAUUAAACGACUUGUCGAGUAGUGUACGGUUUUGUGAUUUCCUGGCCGGUCUACGGAGUUUUUCAACUAAUUGCAACAGAUUGUUGAGUGAUAUAUAAUUUAAUUUCAAGAUGUCUGAAAGUGUACAGACUGAAACAAUUACAAAGCCUGAAAAAAAUGCAGCCGAUAGUACUUCAAUAGCAAAAAAAAAUAGUAUUCUUAGACACCGUAAAAUACCCUCUGCUGAUUUAAAUAAUAAAUCAGAUGAAUUAAUAGCAGAGAAAACUGAUUUAUUAUCUGGCCCUUCAAAUGGAAACAAUGAUAUGGUAUGUAGCUUAUCCAAUGAAACAAAUGAAAAUAUGGAUAUUGGCACUAUGGCCCAAGCAGAGUUUCAGCAUGUUGCUGCUCAAGCCCGUGAUCUUGGCCGUAAAAUGUGGAAUGUGUGUAAUUUUCACAACUUACCUCAAUGGCUCCAGGAUAAUGAUUUCUUGCAUACAGGACACAGACCACCAUUGAAUUCAUUUCAGGCCUGUUUUCAAUCUAUUUUUCGAAUUCACACUGAAACUGGAAACAUAUGGACACAUUUGUUAGGAUGUAUUGCAUUUUUUGUUAUGACUCUUUACUUUGCAUCUAGACCUGAAGAAGAACUUUCGUUUCAAGACAAAUUAGUUUUUAUUAUAUACUUUAUCGGAGCAAUUACUUGCAUGGGUUUUUCAUUUGUAUUUCAUACUGUUCAUUGCCAUUCAGAAACUGUUGGCAAAUUUUUCAGCAAAUUGGAUUAUUGUGGAAUUGCCAUACUAAUAAUGGGUUCAUUUGUGCCAUGGCUAUACUAUGGAUUUUAUUGCGAGCCAUAUUCAUGGAUAUUGUAUUUAAUAUUGAUUGUUGCACUGGGACUGGUGGCAAUGGUCGUAGCACUAUGGGACAAAUUCAGUGAUCCUGGCCUUAGGCCACUCAGAGCAGGUGUUUUUACAACAUUUGGAUUGAUUGGUGUUAUACCAGCACUUCAUUAUGGAGCUGUCGAAGGAUUCUUUUCUAACUUUACAUUGAUAAGUCUUGGUUGGUUGUUACUCAUGGGCUUUUUAUACAUCUCUGGUGCUUUGUUAUAUGCAUUAAGAGUACCAGAAAGAUUUUUCCCUGGAAGAUGUGAUUUAUUGUUUCAAAGUCAUCAGAUAUUCCACGUACUUGUUAUAUUGGCGGCAUUUGUUCAUUACCACGGUAUUACCAAAAUGGCAGAAUACCGGCUGAGCAAAGGUGAAUGUGAAGUACGUCCUGCUGUUGUUUAGUACUAGAUUUUGGUAGGUGAUGGACUUCUUUUAAAUUAUACAACUGUUAGUUGUCCAAUUUGAAGGAGAACCGAGUUUCCAUUCUGACACAGAAAUGAUUAAAAUACAAUUAUGUUAUUUAAUUCAAAUAAAAAUGUAUAACCUAAAAACUAAAAGAAAAUUUUUUUUAAUGAUUACAUUAAAAUUUAGUUUUUGUUUUAUGUAGUCUUAUGUUUAAAUUAUAAUUCAAUUAAAAAAAUAUGCAUAUAUUUUUACUACUUAUACAUAUGUUUAUAGUAUGUAUCAUUAUAAAAAUUCAUAGUAUACAUUUAUAAAUUAUAAUUAGAUUUUAUUCAAUAAUUAUAUUGUUACUAUCUUGUACAUUAUAAUAUUAUUAGAAAUGGUAAUAUGUACCAAAAUUAUUGAUGUUAUAAAGUAUAAAUGUUGUUUGAACAAUGGUAUUGGAAUAUAGAUAAUAUACUGCUCUAUGACUUCACCUCACUCCUUAAUAAUGAUUUUUAUUAAAACUUUUUUUUUAAACUUCAUUAUUUUUAUUUUCAAUCAUGAAUCAAUUCCAGAAAUAGAACUAACUUUAUUUCGAUUUUUUUAAAUUUAUGACAAAAAUAUACAUCAUUGAUUUUUAUACUUAAUCAUAUAGUAUUUGGAUUUAAUAGUGCAUUUGGUAUGUAUUCAAUAUGCUUCAGUAUGUCUUAUAUACACUGUGAUUCAUUUAAUGUAACACAUCAUUCAUUGCGUUGUUUAGGUUAUAAGUAUUUUUCAUUAAAUGAACCACUUUAAAUAUAUGUGUAUGAUGCUUGUAUUAUUGAUUAAAACUUUUGAACAAGGAAGUUGAUUUUGAAAAUCAUAACUUAAGCAUACCUCAAACUAUUUUUUAAUUUUUUAAUUUUCAAAGGAUUGGUUAUACUUAUGUUUUUAGCAAUCCUUUAUAAUUACAAUUCAAAAUUAUAAUUUUAUGUUUUGAUUAAUACAAAUUAAAGGUGCAAUAAUUGUGUAUGCUCAACAAUUUCAUUAUAGUGUACACUUUUUCUAUAUUAUCUAAAAAAAUUGUAUAAUAUAUAAGUUGAAAUAAAUGUAUAGGUUUUUAAUUGUAGUUUAUAUCAUUUUUUCAUUAUUAUGACUGCCGUGGUUUUGAAAUUUGUUUGUCUAUCUAUACUUUUUACUAGAACGAUUAGUUUUUUUUGUUAUUUGCAUAAUAAUUUUUUUUUUAUUCAUUUUAACUAAUUAAAUAUUAAUAAAUAUAUUUUUUAAUGCUUUUUAAAUUAAAAUGUUUCAUUUAUAAUAAUUUUAUAAAACAAACUAUGAUACAUACACAUGUAUUUGUCAGAAACGUAGUAAUUAAGGGUGAGUGAGGGGAAUAGAUCCCCCAGAGCCUUAUAAGCUAACCUUAUUUUACUUAUAUUAUAAUUUAUUAGUAAUCCAAAAAUAGUAUUAUAAAUAAUUGUGUUUUUAAUAGGGUUAAAGGUUAUUAUUUUUUUUUGGAAGUGAUGUAAAGAACAAUUUUCUACAAAACAAAAAAAUCCCCCCAUGGAAAAUUCCCAAUUACACCACUGAUUGGCAUAAUAUCAACAGCAGUUACAAAAUUAAAUCAAAAUUUAGUCAUUAGAAAAUUAUGAAAGUAAAAAAAAUAUAGUGUUGUAAUAUUCUUCUAAUUAUUAUCUAGCCUAUUUUUAAGUAUUGCUAUAAAAUCAGAUUAUUGUAAACUUAAGUCAUAAUAGUAGUUACAUAGUAUAUUACAUUUUAAACAACAGAAAACCACAAAUUGUAGCAAAGACAAUUAAGACAACAACAUCAAAAAUAUAAUAUUGCCUUUUUAACUUUAUUAUAAUAGUAACAUGUUUAUAUGUGUUAAAAUAAUUCAUUUUUGGACAUUUCAUUCAUUGUACAUUACUUUCUAUCAUAAUUAUAGACUACCUAUUUUUAAUUGUGAUUUCUAUACAUCUUAUUAAACACAAUAAUUUACUUUCAGUAAUUAAUAAUACAGUUGCUAUAUUAUAUUGUUGUUAUCUAGUUUUUGAAACAAAAAUUGUGACCGUAUCGUUUCAAGUUAUUUUUUUAUACAGUUGUCUUAGUAAAUAUUUUAAUACCACAAUGGAUUCUUUUAUUAUACUAUAGUAAUCUGAUAAGUACCUUUUAUUGUGAUUAAUAUUAUUAUUUUUCAAGUUUAAAUAGAUAUAUUUUUAUAAUUUCAUAUUCUUAAGAAGAAUACUUAUUUGAGAAAUGUUGAUGUGUAUUAUAGAAAUUGAAUUUGAACCAGUAGUUAGUUCAUGCAUUUGAAGUUUUUAUGAGCAAUGUAGAUCAGAAUUUUGCAGGUUUUUAUUACCCAUUCUACUCAUCUAAAUUUUAAACACUCGUAAGUUUUAACCUUUUUUUUUUAACCGCUGAUUCAAAAUUCAAUUUUUAUAUUUUAAAAUUUCCAUAAAAAUAUUCUGCUUUAGAAUAUAAAUCUAAAUAAGUAAAUUGAAUAUUGUCAUUCAAAAAAGUAAUAGCUUGAAAAUAAAUAACAAUACAAAUGUUUUUUUUAAUAAAAUUAAAUAAUAUAAAAAAAAAUAGUUUCAAUAAUAUUAAUUUACAAAGAAAAGUACAGUACUACACUAUAAUAUAGUAAUAUAAACACUCACAUUUUGUACAAAUAAUGAUUUUUGUUUAAAACACAUACGAGUACUAUUAUUAUUAAAACGAGAAAAUUGUGGGGUAUGUUCAAUAUUGUUUGUAUUACAAAUGAGGUGAUUUUUUGAGUGUAAUGAUAAUAAUUUUUUAUCAUUAUUGUGAAAAUAAUGUAUGGCUAGAUUGUAUACAAAUAUGAAUAAUAUUAUUAUAUAAUAUAUUAUAUUAUUGUAUGCUCGUUUAUUUUGAAAUGGUGUAUAAACCACGAUUAUAAUCAGUGGCGUAACUGGGAAAAAAUCUAGGGGGGGGCAAUGUAUAAUGAAUGUAAUAUAUUUAUUAUUAUCAAAACCCUGACACCCCUCCCCCCGGUUAAAAUAUAUACCUUUAGCUUUCAAAAAAUUGUCAGGGGGGCAAGUGCCCCCUCUUGCCCCCCACAAUUACGCCACUGAUUAUAAUGUUGUAAUAAUGUAAUUGCAUUGAAUCUAUACUAUAUAAUAUAAUAUGUUAUCGCUGUGAUAAUAAAAUUUUAUGAUUAAUAUAAUAUAUUGUAAUAUUUAGACUAUAAUAUAGGUAAUAUACAUUAUACUGUAAUCUCAAUGACUAUAUUUUAGUCGGCGCUUAUAAUAAAAGAGUAUGUUAUUUCUACAAAAUUACCUACAUAAUAAUAAAUAAUUAUCAAUAUUAUAUAGAAUUA